CUUCCCUUCCGACGCUUCCUCAGAGAGAGAGAGAGAGAGAGAGAGAGAGAGGUAUAACCAGAUCGAAUUCCUAUUUCUUCAGCAUCAUUUCCAUCGUCUAAUCGCCCAACAAUGGCUGAAACCCUAGUCCUUCGCGGCUCGAUGAAGGGCCACAGCGACAUGGUCACUGCCAUCGCGACGCCGAUCGACAACUCCGACAUGAUCGUCUCUUCCUCCCGCGACAAAUCGGUUCUUGUCUGGCAUCUCACGAAAGAGGAACCCACCUACGGCGUACCCCGCCGUCGCCUCACCGGCCAUUCUCAUUUCGUCCAGGACGUUGUUCUCUCAUCCGACGGUCAGUUCGCCCUCUCCGGCUCUUGGGACUCAGAGCUCCGUCUCUGGGAUCUCAACACCGGCGUCACUACCCGCCGCUUCGUCGGCCACACCAAGGACGUUCUCUCCGUCGCCUUCUCCAUCGACAACCGUCAGAUCGUCUCCGCCUCCCGCGAUAAGACCAUCAAGCUCUGGAACACUCUCGGCGAGUGCAAAUACACCAUCCAGGAUGGCGACAGCCACACCAACUGGGUCAGCUGCGUCCGCUUCAGUCCCAAUACUUUCCAACCCACCAUCGUGUCCGGAUCGUGGGACCGAACUGUCAAGGUCUGGAAUCUCACCAACUGCAAGCUGAGGUGCACGCUCGCUGGCCAUGGCGGGUAUGUGAACACGGUCGCGGUCUCGCCCGACGGGUCGCUGUGUGCGAGCGGUGGGAAGGACGGGGUGACGCUGCUGUGGGAUCUGGCAGAGGGGAAGAAGCUGUAUUCAUUGGAUGCGGGCGGUAUCAUCCAUGCACUGUGUUUCAGCCCAAAUCGUUAUUGGCUGUGUGCUGCCACGCAGGAGAGCGUGAAGAUCUGGGAUCUAGAGACAAAGAGCAUCGUACAGGAUCUAAAGCCAGACGUGACGGCUGGGAAGAAUCAGAUGGUGUACUGCACAAGCCUGAGUUGGAGUUCAGACGGAAGCACCCUCUUUACAGGUUACACCGAUGGUACCAUCUGGGUUUGGGGGAUCGGUCGCUACUAGGCACGGCUAGGUCAGAGAUAUCAAGCUGCUGGUGAGAGUGGUUCCCCAUAUGCAGCGGCUAAACUCUGGGCCCAAUUGCCUUUGAGGCAAUUACCUUGUUUGGAAGCUGGCAAGCACGACCGGACCAGACGGCUUUGAAUGGCUCUAGAUGGGGAGCUGAUUGGGUCAUCACCUUGGUGAUUUUCUUAAGUUUGGAAUGGAGGAAAGGGUGUCUGUGGCCCACCUGUGAGCCAUUGCAUAACUGAUGUGCCUUUUGAUGGUUGUUGCCCGCUUUUGUUUUUGUUUUUGGUUUUAUGGCUUUUUAGUAGUCUUUUUUUCUUUUUCUUUUAAUUUUUUGGUUUGGUUUUUGAAGAUUAGAAUUUGAAACUUGGCUGAUAGGAGGCGGUAAUUCUUUUCCUUGUAUUUUUUAUUUUUAUUUUUUUGAAUUUGAAAGCAGAGUAGAUGGUAUUCUCAAUCAA